AUGAAAAGUGAAGACGAUAUCAGCAUCGAUAAGUUUAUCGCGCAGCAACAACGAACUUACGAGGAACUUCAGGAACUUGCGGAUGUUUUGAGGACUGAAACCAGCGGCACCGAGAACAAGAAGUCGUCAUUUGUGAAUGUGGUCGAGGACCUGAUGACUUAUCGGCGGUGCAUCGUAGAAGGUGGCGAGCUUGCCUCAUCCAGCGUUGACACUACUACACGGGUCACGACGGACGGCGGCGGCUGGACGGUCUUCCUGCGGCGCCAGAAGCAGGAGCCUCAACUCAACUUCAGUCGAACCUUCAAUGAAUACGAAGAAGGAUUCGGCAGUCCCGCUGGCGAAUACUGGCUGGGCCUGGAGAACUUGCAUCUCCUGACGACCAGGAAGAUGGUGGAGAUGAAGGCCGUGAUCGUCCGAGGAGUAAAACGCACCAGCGCCCGCUACCUGGACUUCAAGUGA